GAGCCUUUCCGCGCCGCCAUUUUGUGAGUCUAUAUAACACGUAGCCGUUGGAUCCGCUCCUGCUACUCCGGCGCCUGCACUCCGCUUCCCUUCGGGCCGCCUUCGUGUGCCAUGGACGGCAUUGUCCAAGAUAUAACAGUUGGUACAAAGCGGGGAUCUGACGAACUUUUCUCUACUUGUGUCACUAACGGACCCUUUAUCAUGAGCAGCAACUCUGCUUCUGCAGCCAAUGGAAACGACAGCAAAAAAUUCAAAGGUGACAGCAGAAGUGCAGGAGUUCCAUCACGAGUAAUCCACAUCCGUAAACUACCUAGUGACGUUACAGAAGCUGAAGUUAUUUCCUUGGGGUUGCCUUUUGGAAAGGUCACAAACCUAUUAAUGUUAAAAGGAAAAAAUCAGGCUUUUAUAGAAAUGAACACAGAAGAAGCAGCUAACACUAUGGUGAGCUACUAUACCACAAUCGCUCCUGUCCUCCGGAGUCAGCAGAUCUACAUUCAAUUUUCUAAUCACAAAGAGUUGAAGACAGAUAAUUCUCCAAACCAGGCACGUGCUCAAGCAGCCUUGCAAGCAGUAAAUUCUGUCCAAUCUGGGAAUCUGGCACUGUCUGCUUCUGCUGCAGCUGUGGAUGCUGGCAUGGCCAUGGCUGGUCAGAGUCCAGUCCUAAGGAUCAUUGUGGAAAACCUCUUCUAUCCUGUUACUCUAGAUGUCCUACAUCAGAUUUUCUCCAAAUUUGGGACAGUGCUGAAAAUAAUCACAUUUACCAAGAACAACCAGUUUCAGGCACUCUUGCAAUAUGCAGAUCCUAUGAGUGCCCAGCAUGCCAAAUUGUCUCUUGAUGGGCAGAACAUCUACAACGCUUGCUGCACCCUCCGCAUUGACUUUUCCAAGCUCACGAGCCUCAAUGUAAAAUACAACAAUGAUAAAAGCAGAGACUAUACCCGGCCAGACCUGCCUUCUGGAGACAACCAGCCCUCCCUUGAUCAGACCAUGGCAGCUGCUUUUGGUGCUCCAGGGAUCAUUUCUGCCUCUCCUUAUACAGGGGCUGGCUUCCCUCCUGCUUUUGCAAUUCCUCAAGCUGCAGGCCUCUCAGUUCCAAAUGUACAUGGAGCACUUGCUCCUUUGGCUAUCCCAUCAGCCGCAGCAGCCGCAGCUGCCGCAGGACGGAUUGCUAUUCCUGGCCUUACCGGGGCAGGGAACUCCGUUCUGCUGGUUAGCAAUUUGAACCCAGAGAGAGUUACACCCCAAUGCCUCUUUAUUCUUUUCGGGGUAUAUGGUGAUGUACAAAGAGUGAAGAUUUUGUUCAAUAAGAAGGAGAAUGCCUUGGUUCAAAUGGCAGAUGGCAAUCAAGCUCAGCUGGCCAUGAGCCAUCUCAACGGUCAAAAGCUGCAUGGGAAGCCCAUCCGCAUCACUCUGUCAAAACACCAGACAGUGCAAUUGCCACGUGAAGGACAGGAAGACCAAGGGCUGACCAAGGAUUAUGGCAACUCCCCUCUUCAUCGCUUUAAGAAACCAGGUUCCAAGAACUUCCAAAACAUCUUUCCCCCUUCUGCCACUCUUCACCUCUCCAAUAUUCCGCCUUCAAUAAUAGAAGAUGACCUCAAGCUGCUCUUCUCGAGUAAUGGUGGGAUGGUGAAAGGCUUCAAAUUCUUCCAGAGAGACCGCAAGAUGGCUCUCAUCCAGAUGGGAUCCGUGGAAGAAGCCAUUCAGUCACUCAUUGACCUCCAUAAUCAUGACCUUGGUGAGAACCACCACUUGCGUGUGUCCUUUUCAAAAUCCACAAUUUAAGUGCUUUGGAAAAGCAUGCAGCAAGAUGGACCUGACUGAAAAACAAACCACCGCUCUUCUUAACAGGCUCAGCCUUGCAUUUUUUUCUAAUGGCUGGACCACCAGCUUGGGGUGGGACAACUUCCAUCAUUCCAGAAACAAAAAAGCCACUUUAUAAGAGGGAGAGAGAGAAUGCAACUGAAGUGACCUUAAAAGACAACAGAUUUUAUUUUUUUAAGGAAGAAAACAGUUCACUGUUUUUUUAAAAAAAAUAAUUAAAUCUUAAUUCACAUUGCUAUAAUCUUUCUUGCAGAGAAUGAGAUAACAAUCUUUGACCAGGAAAAAAAAAAUCACAAGCUUAAACGUUUACAUUCUUUGUUGGAAGCCUCUCUGGGAGUCUCUCUUACCUUUUCUCCCACACUUAAACAAAAACAGUCCCCUCCCCUCCCCAAGCAGCUUAUCAACUUCACAGUGAUGCCUUCCUUUAUCCAUGAGCUCUGGAAGAGACCCCCAAACUGUGCAGUUAGCUUUAGCAUCUCUUUUUAUAAUUCCCCAAACACAGAUGCCUUGGGAAGGGGAGGGGGGCAGGGAGCAGAAUCAUUGCCUUUUCCCUCAGCCUUUCAUUGAUUAUCCUCUGGUGCCUUAGACCUUUUUUUUACCUAAGGUGGAAGGAACAGCAGAUACUGGGGGAAGUUGAUGGUUGCUGUCUUGCCCAGAGGAGUAGGCAAGACAGAAUAACUUGACUUUCUCAGUUGAUCAAUCUAGCAAUUUCUGCGUAAAAUGUCUUAACUUGCAGAUUGUUGUGUUAAUUUCCGUGCCCACAGCGUUUCUCGCCAAGUGGAUGUUGAUAAAAAUUCCUUCACUAAUAGUAUAUUGAAGCUCAGAUUAAUGAGGGAUGGAGGGAGAGGGAAGAUUCCUUAUCCCACCCAUCAACAUUUCAUUGUCUGCAAUAAGUUUCAUUGGGUUCUGCUUGAUCCAAGUAGUCCCAGACUUUAGAAAUUGAAGCCCAAGAACAGAUCUGUAUAGGAGUAUCAGACUUCAUGGACUUGAGUUUCAGAUUGUCUAUUUUGGGCUCAUACUUAAAGGGUUGUUUAAGAUGCCUUUAUACCCCACUCCUGAAUUCACCCCUUACAGCAAGACCUCUCGUAGUAGUAGUAGCUUCAACUUCUUUUUUUAAUCCCUUUUAUUAUAUUUUUUUUUUUACAUACAGUCUUUGCCUAGCAAUAUUUCCAGUUGACCAAAUAUUCUAACGAAUUCAUAUAUAAAAAGGCAAUAGUAUAUUUUCUUUUAUAGAUAAGAUGGUAUGAAUAUAUCUGACUUGCUCUUCUAUUACCCUUGUAUCCUGUACUCUUAUAUUUUUGUUUGUAAGCUGGAAAACUAGUGCAGGAGUUUAGUUUAUCAAGGUGAUUUCAUGGCUGAAAAUUAACGUUAUACUUUGAAAAAUAUUUAAAGUAGCAACCUUCACUUGUUUCGAAAAGGAGACCCACAUUUAAAGGGUAAUCUUAGUUUAAUAACAUGCUUAUUUAAAGAAUAUAAACUAACAUCUUUUUCUGAGUAGCACCUAAAAUGCCAUCCUUAGUGGCCUCCCACUUUUCCAUGCUGAUCUACCUUCUUUGUAUUCCAGUGUUGCCUUACAUUGCGCUCCAACUCAUGUAAGAUUUUUAAAGAUAACCAGAAUCUUAUACUUAAUAUCAGGGUUACUUACUCAAAUUGUGGACCAAAGUUAUUUUUUCAGUGUAUGUGGUGUUGUCUCUCAAGUCACUGUGUUCCCUGCUGUUUCACAGGAGCUGUUGAUGUGCUUUUGUCAUUGCUUUUGGAAAAGUCUUAAUUUUUUUUUUAAAAAAUCCUCCCCAAUAUUACGGGGAACCAAUCUAUGCUGGAGGAAUGUGUGAUGUUUUGAGUGGGGUUCUGCUUGGAUGGCCAGCAUAACACGAAUUUCAGCUAUUUAACAACUGUCCUCUUUUGGCUAAACAGUGCCAUCUCGGAAAAUUAAAAUAACAGUAUCUGCUAAACAAUUCCCCUGACUAUUACAGUUUCUCAUCAGAAAUAUUGAUUCACACAAUCAGAUGGUGCUAACUUGGGGUACAGGGUAGCCUAGUCGAAUUUUGGGGGGCAGUCUAGUCACUCGUACAGGGCGGGCUGCUGAGGUUGUGUUCCAGGCCUCUGCAAUCACAGGUAGAAAUAGCCCAUUGCUGGCCCAUAGCAAGCGGUUUGCCACUAAAACGUCAUUGUGCAGUGCGGUUGGAGGAAGUUACGUCUAAAAAGUAUCUUGCCCUGUAAAUGAAUGUGUUCUUCCCCAAUUAAGCAGCAGUUUCUAAUGGGUUGUUGGGAAUGGGCAGUCAAAGCCUCUGUUUCCCUUAUGCACUCUGCAGAAGUGGGCUAGCAAGCAAGAUCAGCAGCUGCCAUUCAGAGAGGAUUUAGAGACUCUUGCAGGCCAUGGAGGAACAGAGUCCGGUUCUAAAUGCCCAGAACCAAGGGUGAGGGGCAUUAGAAGUUUGGGGAGGCAGAAAAGAAUUUCCCAGUGGCUGCCAGCUCACAGCCGAUACCUUACAUUCACUAGCACAAAAUUAAAGUUAAAGAGACAAGUUCUAAAGAUCUUUGGGAUUUAGGCCUUCAGAAUGACCCAGCCACCAAUGGCACUCGACAAUAACACUGGAUCCUAGCAGAACCUUGGUUAGAAUGGUCUGAAGUUUAACUUCUUAAGUGUUCCAUAAGUCUCUCUUGUUCUCGGAACACAGCCUCUCCUUGCUGAGCUCUUUGGUAACUUGAAUCAGCGAGACAUUAAGGUUUCUCUUUGUGUGUUUGGGUGUGUUUUUCCAAGAGGCACACAGACCUUACUGCAGUUUAAUUGGGAAGAGGGGCUUCAUCCUUUUUUCGAUACCUGUGUUUUUUUGCAUGUAAAUGUGAGUAAUGAGAAAAAAGGUGUAAAUAUUUAUAAUUUUUUAUACCUGUUGUAAGACAUGAGGGGGGUGGCAGAACUCGAGUUUUUACAGCAAAACAAAUGUAUUGUAUAUUUUGAUAACCAACUAUUAAAGGUUCAGUAUUGGGGUUGGGAUGGGAGGGCUACCAUACACACAAGAAAUUUGAUUGCCUGGCUUAAAAAAUGUAAUGCAAAAAAAAUUGAAAUUAAAAGUAUUUUAUAACAAAAUGUAGUACCUUUUUCUGUAGUGUUUAGGUAUUUGCUUGUUUGGAUUGUAGAAAACAGUCAAUGGCCUCUCUGUACUACUUUUUAUUUUGGCUUUCAAUAAAUGUCUUCUGUAUUCUU